AUGGCAACGCCCUGGAUGAGCUCGGUCCUGACACCAAAGCAAGUGGUGACUGCUGUUUUGCAAGAAGCAAACAACAAGAAAGCUCUUUGCCUCAAAAUGCGGUGGAAGGUUGAGUUCCGCGGCAAAACAAUCGUCCUUCGAGAUCUUUCAAGAACAAUUUGCGCCUGGUCAAAAGAUGGAGAUGUCGACGGCUUUGAAGCCUUUCUGGAGCAGGAUCCGGACCUUUCUAUUCCUUCCGAUUUUCCGUCAACGUUGAUUGAGAUGCUACAGAAUCGGGUAGGAGAGAAAUGCAUGCAGUCACUGGUCGAAGUGCUCCUCCGAUACGGUAAGGUCAAUUUCACACCCGAAUAUCGAAGGGACAUCGACGAACUAUUACAGCUUCAGUCGGAGAGUGACCUCAAUCGCCUUCUCUUGGGCCUUGAGCAUGAGAGUCAGGGCUGA